AUGUCUCGAAAAAAAGCUAUCGAGGAGACCGACAAACUCACUCGUAUUGCUAUAGUCAAUGCCGAUCGCUGUAAGCCUAAAAGAUGUAGGCAAGAGUGUAAAAAAAGUUGCCCAGUGGUGCGUAUGGGAAAACUGUGCAUCGAAGUUACUCCAAAUGAUAAAAUUUGCACUAUAUCUGAAGAAUUGUGCAUAGGUUGUGGUAUCUGUGUUAAAAAAUGCCCUUUUGAUGCCAUCACUAUAAUUAAUAUUCCAUCUAAUUUGGAGAAGCAUACAACGCAUCGUUACUCGAAAAACUCUUUCAAGCUUCACCGCCUUCCAAUCCCUCGUCCUGGUGAAGUUUUGGGUCUUGUCGGUCAAAACGGUAUUGGAAAAUCAACAGCUCUGAAGAUCCUUGCUGGUAAACAGAAACCCAACUUGGGUAGAUAUGUGGACCCUCCAGACUGGCAAGAGAUUCUCUCUCAUUUCCGUGGAUCAGAGCUCCAGAACUACUUCACAAAGAUCCUAGAAGAUGAUUUGAAGGCCCUCAUAAAACCCCAAUAUGUGGACCAAAUCCCUAAGGCUGUGAAAGGAACAGUAGGUCAAUUAUUAGACAAGAAAGAUGAAAUGAAGAAUCAGACUGAAAUCUGCAAGAUGCUUGAUCUUUCCCACAUCCGUGACCGUGAAAUUGCUGCAUUGUCGGGAGGAGAGCUACAGCGUUUUGCCUGUGCCAUGGUGUGCAUUCAAAAUGGAGACAUUUUCAUGUUUGAUGAGCCAUCCUCAUACUUGGAUGUUAAGCAGCGUUUGAAUGCUGCCCGCACCAUUCGCUCUCUCAUACACCCAGAUAAGUUUAUUAUAGUGGUGGAACACGACUUGUCAGUGCUGGACUAUUUGUCUGACUUCAUCUGUUGUUUGUAUGGAGUGCCUGGUGCCUAUGGUGUAGUUACUAUGCCCUUCUCAGUCAGAGAAGGUAUAAAUAUUUUCCUUGAUGGCUUUGUACCCACUGAAAACAUGAGAUUCAGAACAGAAUCACUAGUAUUCAAAGUUGCUGAAUCGGCCACUGAAGAAGAGAUAAAACGAAUGAACCAUUAUGAAUAUCCAGAAAUGACCAAGAGUAUGGGCGAUUUCCACUUGCGUGUGAUGCAAGGUGAAUUCUCAGAUUCAGAAAUUUUGGUGCUACUUGGUGAAAAUGGAACUGGCAAAACAACAUUUAUUCGAAUGCUCGCUGGAAACUUGGAGCCUGAUGAAGGUGCAAAUCAAUUACCACAGUUACAUAUAAGUUAUAAGCCUCAGAAAAUUUCACCCAAAUCGCAGGGCCAAGUGCGUAACUUGCUGCACGAUAAAAUAAGAGAUGCCUACACUCACCCGCAGUUUAUCACCGAUGUAAUGAAACCUAUGAAAAUAGAAGAAAUAAUGGACCAAGAAGUUCAGAACUUAUCUGGUGGUGAAUUGCAACGUGUGGCUCUUGUCUUAUGUCUUGGUAAACCAGCUGAAGUGUACCUUAUUGAUGAACCUUCUGCCUACCUUGAUUCUGAACAGCGUUUAGUUGCAGCUAAAGUUAUUAAAAGGUUUAUCCUUCAUGCGAAGCGAACUGGUUUCGUAGUAGAGCACGACUUCAUUAUGGCAACCUACCUUGCUGACAGAGUAAUUGUAUUUGAAGGCGUUCCAUCUGAGCACGCAACAGCUAAUGCCCCACAAUCAUUGUUAAAUGGAAUGAAUAGAUUUUUAGAACUCCUGGGUAUCACAUUCAGAAGAGACCCUAAUAAUUUUAGACCAAGGAUUAAUAAGCAUUCAUCUGUUAAGGAUAUUGAACAAAAGCGAGCAGGUCAGUACUUCUUCUUGGAAGAUUAA